GUCAUCACUUUAUUCUGAAUGUAUAACGUAGAAAAAUAAUGGGGGAGUUCUCUUCGUCUUCUUCCUUCUCUUCCUCUCUCAUAACUACGGUCGUCAGUUUAUUAGUACUGUUGACGGGCAGCUCUUCUGCUCAGCUGUCGACCGACUUUUACGAAAAGUCGUGCCCUAAUGUGUUUAGCGUCGUUAACUCAGUGGUUAAGUCCGCUGUCCAGAAGGAGAAACGAAUGGGCGCUUCCCUCCUCCGCCUCCACUUCCAUGAUUGCUUUGUUCAGGGUUGUGAUGGAUCGAUACUACUUGAUGAUACUUCUUCUUUCACCGGUGAGAAGACGGCUGGGCCCAACAUCAAUUCCGUCAGGGGUUACGAAGUCAUCGAUAGUAUUAAGUCGAAGGUGGAAGCAACGUGCCCUGGGGUCAUCUCUUGUGCUGAUAUCGUAGCCAUAGCUGCUCGUGAUUCUGUUGUUCUUCUUGGAGGGCCAACUUGGGAAGUGAAAGUUGGGAGGAGGGAUUCCAAAACGGCCAGUCUGUCUGCUGCAAAUAAUGGUCAGCUUCCGCCCCCAACUUCUACACUUACCAACCUUAUCAAUAGGUUCCAAGCCAAAGGUCUGUCCACCAAGGACAUGGUUGUCUUAUCAGGAGCACACAGCAUAGGGCAAGCAAGGUGUACAGUUUUCAGAGACCGGAUAUAUAACGAGACCAGCAAUAUUGACUCUUCAUUUGCUAAGUUAAGACAAGGGAACUGCCCCAGAACCAAUGGCUCAGGAGACAACAAUUUGGCCCCUUUGGACCUUAAAACUCCGACAUUCUUUGACAAUGCUUACUUCAAGAACCUGAUAGCCAAGAAGGGACUCUUGCACUCUGAUCAAGUUCUCUACAACGGCGGAUCAACCGAUUCACUUGUCGAAUCCUAUAGCAAGAACCCUCAGUCAUUCAACGGUGACUUUGUCGCGGCCAUGAUUAGGAUGGGAGACAUUACUCCUCUCACCGGAUCAAAAGGCGAGAUAAGGAAGAACUGUCGCAAGCCUAAUUGAGUUGAUAAAUAUGUUGAUCAUCGAAAGAAGAAAAAGAAAUUAUAUAAGUGUAAGGUUUUUGUUUUGAAGUAGUCGAAGAAAAGAGCUUUAUAUUAGGGUUGCUCUGUGUUUUUAUGUGUUUUUGUUCCACUUAUAAAUAAUCCUUAUUACAUCUACAAAGUUUUGUUCAUCUAACUUUGUAGAAACGGCAGGUGUGGGAUGUUGGAGUGCCUAAUGGAAAUUUAAGCAUUAAAGGUGUUUUUGGUCCUCUAA